AACACACAUAUUAAGCAGAGAAGAGAGAGUGAGAGAGCUUCCCAAAAAUGGGAUGCAUAAAUGAUAAUUUUCCCCCGCAAGCGAUACGUAAUGGAAAUGUAAACUAUUCUAACUUAGAGAUGUCUUGGAGAUUUUGGGCUAUGAAAUUUUAAAAUUUGAUUACUGUUAUCGUUAUUACCUUUGUAUUUUUGUAAUGAAAUGAUUGAAGCCGAAGAAAGGCGGGUUAUGCAUGUUGAUAGUUGGGGGAUUCACUUGGGCUGCAAUAUGGGUGGUACAACUUGUUUCCUCUCCUGGCUUGGAGCUUCUUGAGUUAAGUAAUGAGAUGACACUAUGCUUUGUCAUACUGGUGAUUUGUGUUUACUGAAAGGCUAUGCGUCCCAAGAAUGGAAAUGCUCAUAUUUCCUCGAGUUUUGAAAGGGAGUCAUUAUUUGAAUAUGCAGCAUGUCCAAAUUUAUGGAUAGGGGUUGGGUGUCCAGGGUAGAGACUGAAAGAGGCUGAACCCUUGGUCAUAAGGCAAACUCUGAUCAGAACCAUAUUGAGGUGAAAAUUAAGACAAUGAAUACAUCAUCUCAAACCUUCAUCUUGAAUAUAACUCCUCAGAUGACCAAAUACAAGCAGGGAGUAGAGGAGUUCAUUAUGCCUAGCCUGAAUUGUAGAAGUUUGUGCCUUUCACGCCAGCUUAAACAUGAUGCAGGAAAGCUUUUCAAAAGGAAAGAUAGUAGAUAUUAUCCUACUGUAGCUCUCCACUCAGAUGCUCAAAUUGCUUCUGCUUUUGAAGAUUUCUAUAUUUCUUCUACCAAUGUCAAUGAUGGUGGAGAGCUAAAGAUAAGCAUAGAGGUAUCUGGCACCAAAACUCAAAGGAUCUUUGAUGAUGUCUUUGACAAAAUGGUUGCCGCAGCCCAGCCAAUUCCUGGAUUUAGAAGAAUAAAAGGAGGAAAAACACCAGAUAUACCGAAAGACAUUUUAUUGGAGGUGCUUGGACCUUCCAGAGUGUUCAAGGAAGUAAUCAAGAAAAUUAUCAACGUGACCGUUGCUGAAUAUGUAGAAAAGGAGCAUUUGAAAGUUGGCAAAAAUCUGAGAGUUGAACAGAGUUUUGAAGAUCUCAAAACUACUUUUGAUCCCGGACGAAAGUUCAGCUUUGAUGCAGUAGUUCAGCUUCUACAACAGGAUUGAGUUGUUUCAGCAUAUGUUGUCCUGGAUUUUGUGGUAGAUUUAUUCCUUUUAGUUACGCCAGAGGUCCAUGAUUGAGACACGGAAUCAGAAACAGGGCAAGAGAUAGGGAUUGCCAUGUCGCUGACAAACACGGAAGCCCCUUUUAGCUGUUUCUUAACUAACGAAGCAUGAAAGCGUCAUGAAAUUGCUGUGUAUCCCCCAAGUCUAGACCUUCCUUCCACCUUGGACAAAACAUGUCUUAUGCUUGCAUAUGCAAUAUAUUUCUGCCUUCCACUGAGCCAUACCAGGUGCCAAAAGUUACUUAUUGGUGAGCUUUCAUUUUCGUCUUUAAGAUUGACUGUACUAUGAUGCUACUAGCUAGUUAGGAUAUUAGCUUUUCUUGCCAAUUCUCAAGUCUUCUAGUACUACAAAGUUGAAUGAGCGCUCUUGCAAGCUUCGAUUCCAGAUAGUUUAUUCAAUGUUGUGGUACCCUGAUCCCCAGUGACUAUGGACAUCAUUUGGUGACGGAACAUUGGAACUACAAUGGUUUAUUUGUGGCAAACAGUAUUCCAGACCUGUUUAAAAUUUCACCUAAUGAUCCCAUGUGUAACUCUUGAGCUGUGAUUGGUACAUGAAAAGGGCAAAAGUGCACAUUUGGUCUUUUAAUUUUAUAUAAAGUUUCAUUUUAGUUUGUUA